ACUCGCCCGACUCUCCCCUCCAACUGGCCUAACUUCUCUGCUCCACUUCUUUCCCUUCCUAUUGCUUGUUUGCUUGCCAGCCCACCAGCUCAGCCACCCAGCCACCCAGCCACCCAGUCAGUCAAGUGGACGAACGUACAGACGAACAGCCAGUCAGACAGACAUAGAGACAGACAGCCUCGGCUGUCGGCCAGCCCACCAGCCCACCAGCCCACCCGCCAACCAACCGGCAGCAAGUCCAUCCGUGUCUUCUUCCUCGGUCUGAACUGUGCAAGAGGGUACCAAUUCGUGCAACAUCGCAGUCACAACCUGCUCGACCAGUCCCUGCUCAACACGGAGGGAAUGACGACGCAUCGCCUCAGCAUGACGCCCGGCGAUGCCCUACAGCUGGAGGGUCCCGAAGCGAGACGUCUGCGAAUGAAGAAUGUUCUACGCCAGUUCUACAACCCGAGCACAGGCCGUUUCUGCAGUCUGACCGCAGCUCAAUUCACCGACGUCUGGAACCACUUCGACCAAGACGGUGAGUUGGGUUUGGAUUUGGGGGCCGACAAAAGGUGGGACGGGACGGAAUUCGGCAGCAUUUGCAAGAGGUGCCCUGCCGCUAAUGUGUACCACUUUAUGCUAAAAUAA